GAGCCGCGUCGCCAGCUAGGGGGCGAGUCCCAUCGUGUCCGCGAGUCGGCGUAUUUGUCCCCGCGGGAGGGGCCCGGACUCGGCAAGAAAAGCAUUAUUCAAGCUCAGAUUUGUGUGGAAACCAGCCUCCUGUCCACCUGUCUUCACUGAUCCGUUUUGUGUGACCAGGAAUUCAGGAGCAGCUUGGCCAGAAGGUUUGGCUCAGGCCUUCCUGGAGGUUGCCUGUGAAGUGGGACUGCAUCAUCUGAAGUCUCUCCUAGUACUCAAGGAUUCACUUCUAAGGAGUUUGUGCCUGUGUCUAGCAAGUAGCUGCUGGCUAUUGGCAGGAGGCCUCAGUUCCUCUCCAUGUAGGCCUCUCCAUGGGGCUGCUGGUGCAUCUACACAACAUGGCAAUUGGCUUCCCCUAGAACAAGCACCCAGAAGACCAAGGCAGAAGCUGCAUGUCUUCUAGGACCCAGCCUUGGAAGUCACUCACUCUGCCACCUCUGCAAUAUUCUGCUGGUUGCACAGAGUGCUGACCUGAGUGUCCUUCGGGAAUAAGAGGAGGAGCUUCCUGCUUCUCCCACUUCCUGGUGUUCAGGAACCUUUGCUGUCAGAGUCACAGGAUGGCGACCAUUGUCCUGCGCCCAUCUUGUGCUCGGUCCUCCUUGUACCCGAUGUCUCAGCAGAAAGGACGCACAGAGGAGGAAGGGCUGGUUGAUGAGCUCCUGACAGGCUGGUUACAGGACCUGGUGACCUUUGAGGAUGUGGCUGUGGAGUUCACCCAGGAGGAGUGGGCAUUGUUGGACCCUUCUCAGAGAACACUGUACAGGGAUGUGAUGCUGGAGAACUGUAGGAACCUGGCCUCACUUGGGUGUCAUGUUGAUAAACACAGUCUGAUAUCCCAGUUGGAGCCAGAAGACAAGAUGAUGACAGAGGAGAGAGGAAUCCUCCCAGGCCCCUGUCCAGAUUUGGAAUCUCUACUUAAAGCCAGAUGGUUAAUGCCGAAGAAGGAUGUUUUUAGAAAAGAACAAUCUAAAGCUGUAAAAGUGGAAAGAAGUCAUCGUGGAGUGAAACUCAAUGAAUGUAAUCAGUGUUUUAAAGUCUUCAGCACGAAAUCUAACCUUACUCAGCACAAAAGAAUUCACACUGGAGAAAAACCCUAUUACUGCAAUCAAUGUGGAAAAUUCUUCAGCAGUAGAUCUUACCUUACUAUUCAUAAGAGAAUCCAUAAUGGGGAGAAACCCUAUGAGUGCAAUCACUGUGGGAAAGCAUUUAGUGAUCCCUCAUCUCUUAGACUACACGUGAGAAUUCACACUGGAGAAAAACCUUAUGAAUGUAACCAGUGUUUCCAUGUCUUUCGCACUAGUUGUAAUCUCAAAAGCCACAAGAGAAUUCAUACGAGGGAGAAUCACCAUGAAUGUAAUCAGUGUGGAAAGGCUUUCAGCACAAGGUCCUCCCUUACUGGACACAAUACCAUUCAUACAGGAGAGAAACCUUAUGAAUGCCAUGACUGUGGGAAAACCUUCAGGAAGAGCUCAUAUCUGACACAGCACAUGAGAACUCAUACUGGAGAAAAACCGUAUGAAUGUAAUGAGUGUGGAAAAUCCUUCAGCAGUAGUUUUUCUCUUACUGUGCACAAGAGGAUACAUACAGGAGAGAAACCCUAUGAAUGCAGUGACUGUGGGAAAGCCUUUAAUAAUCUCUCAGCUGUUAAGAAACACUUAAGAACUCACACUGGAGAAAAGCCCUACGAGUGUAAUCAUUGUGGAAAAUCUUUUACUAGUAACUCUUACCUUUCUGUGCACAAGAGAAUACAUAAUAGGUGGAUAUGAGUGUCUGUGGGAAUUUCUGUGGGAAAGUGCUCAUUGAUCUCGUCUGUAAGACAACAUGCGAGAACUCACACUGGAUGUAUAAAUUAUCUGUUGCUGCCUAACAAAUUACUCCCCAAAACGUGGCUUCAUACAACAAACAUUUAUUAUAAUUUCCAGAAAUGGCUUAGCUCUGUAGUUCUGUCUCAGGAUCUCUCAUUAGGUUGCAGUCAAGGUGUCAGCCAGAGCUGCAGUCCUCUAAAGUCUUUACUGAUGGAGGGUCCACUUUCAGGAUGACUCAUUCACAUUCCUGGAAAGUUAAUGCUGGUUAUUGGCAGAGGAUCUUCAGUUUCCCACCAUUUAGGCCUCUCCACAGGGCUGAGUUUCUUUACAAUAUGGCAGCAAGUCCCCCCGACCCACCCACCAAAGCAGGUGAUCCAAGAGAGCACCAAUGCAGAAGCCACAGUGUCUUAUGACCUAGCCUCAGAAGGACAUAUUUUUAUUUCUUCACUAUUGUUUUAGUCACACAGACUAAUCCUGAUACAGUAUGGGAGAAGACUACACAAGGUAUGAAUACCAGGAGACAGAUCACUGGGAAUCAUCUGGAAAACUUAAUGAAGAAAAGCCUUCAGCACACCCUCAUCCUUUUAAUUUAAUGAACAUGAAAUACAAUUCAAUAACUCUCUCCUUAAUUCACUCUGGAGAGAACUCUGUUGUGCCCAAAAUAUGUACUGGGAAAACCUGAGGAAUGGUAUAGUGAUAGGAAAGCCUUCAGUGAUAUCUCUCUGGGGUCAUGUGACAGUUCACUCUAACGCAGAAACUCUGUGGAGGUCAUCAGAAUGUAAAAGCCUCAGGGACAUUCAGCCUUUAAGACACACAUGGGAAAUAAUACAACAGAGGAACUCUCAUGUAAGAAAUGUGGUAAACCCAACAGCACAAAGUGUUCACAUAUUACUGAGCAAAAAUAGUGAGGUUCUCUAACUAUAGUAACUAUGGGAAACCCUUAAAUGUUGUCUCAGUAUUGCAGAGCCUUCCCAUUCUUCUACAUUCAUUAGGAAUCUUGUGAAUAUAAAGAAUGAGAGAAAGUCUUCAAUGAUGCCUCUCUGGUAGAAAGAAUAUGAAAAUUCUCCCUAGAUGCAAAACCUACAAGGUUACUAAUUUUGGAAAUUUGUUCAGUGAUUCCUCUUUUUGUUGUGAGAACACAUACUGGAGGAAUACCCUAGGAAUGUAAUCAAUGUUGGGAUGCCUCAAUCUCAGCUCAUCACCGAGUGGCCACAACGAAAUUUAUACCAGGAACAAAAAAUAUAAACGUUAUGGGUGUGGGGUUUAUUACAUUUGAGAUUACCUUUCUCAGUGUCUCAUCUGUAUAUCGGGCCACUAGCUCAUUAGUUUUACAUCUUUCUGUUUUGAUAUAAACAUUUAUGUCUAUACCUAUUCCCUAAAAUAAAUGUUAACGUU